AUGUUCCAUCCUGUGGUACCAAUGAUGCUGCACUCGAUACUAACCACGGGACAUAGUGGCAACUCCUCCAUCUCACUCUUCAACAUCCCCUUUGCGGACAAGCAGCAAGUGAAGCCCUUCGACGUGGUGAAGUUGCCCCCGCCCAAAAAUGUCACCGAAAAACAGCCCAAGUCGCAACCCCAUCAAGUCCUUCUCGACCCCACCGAAUCGUUCAUCCUGUCGCCUGAUCUGGGAUCCGAUGUGAUGCACGUGUUUGCGAUUGACCACAAGUCGGGUAAACUAAACAAGUGCGGGUCCAACUCGACGAUCUACUAUGAUAAGGGAAGCGGGCCACGUCAUGGAGUGUUUGUGACCUCGAGUGAAGGCCACCACGCACGGCGGGCCAGGAGUCCGCAUAGGGAGCGGCUGAUGGGGCGCGAGGGGAAAAAGACGACAUUGUAUACCGUGGAAGAACUCCGCGGCAAUGUGUGUUCUUUCGACGUGUCAUAUGUGAACAAAGGGUGCCCCGUGUUCAAGCCGUUGACAUGCUUCCGCCCUUACCCCGGCUCAAACUUUCCCUCGAAUACAACGACAUUAGGUGAAAUCCGGGCAGCGGGACCGACCCUACAUAUCUCUGUUCGCAAGGAUGGUAAAUUCGAUGGAAAGGAUUCUCUGGUGACGUUAAAGCCAGGACAGAAGACGGUGACCGACGGCGACCUGUUUUCGUCCGGCGGCAAGACCCCGCGCAGCUUCGUGAUCAACAGGAAGGGGGACCUGGUCGCUGUGGGUAACCAAGAUUCGUCCACUAUUGUCAUCAUCAAGAGGGAUCCGAAGACUGGGAAGCUGCUUAAUGAAGUCGCUUCUCUGCUGGUUGGCGAGGCGCCCGCCGAGGGAACUUGGGGUGGCUUGAGUAGCAUCGUGUGGUACGAGUAG